AUGGUUACUGCUAUCUUACCAUCUAUAGCUGCCUCUGCGAGUAAGAAGCGCUUAGUAGAAGCAAACAACCAGAAUGGCUCAGAAUCCCCGAGAGCUCUGGAUCCUAACACUGGUCCGGGAACGAGUCUCAACGAGAAUCAGGACACUUCCGGGUCUCCGUCACGGCUCGCUGGCAUCGUUGGCCUUUCAACGGGUAUUGGAGCGCUGCUAGCGCUGUUGAUCUUCAUACCGCUGCCAGCUUUCAUCCAGCGUAGGGGACAGAACCCCACGAAUGCUCUGGCUUAUAGCUAUUAUCUUGUCGGGGCUUUUGCUUUUGUGAUGUCAGCUGUGUGCUUCCUCGGACUAAGGAACCUGCCCGAUGAGCAAGGGAAAGGGUACAUUGCUUUGUACAAAGUAAAGUCCCCAGCAGAGCGCAAUCCUCAGCCUUAUUAUCUUCUCUACGAUGCUUUGAAGCUAGGCUUUCAAGACCGCGCUCUAGGACUUGCCUACAUAGGGGGAUUCGUCGCAAGAGCAUCUUCUGUUGCAAUCACCUUGUUCAUACCCCUUCAUGUGAACCAUUGUUUCAUUUCAUCCGAACUCUGUAAUGCGGACGGCAAAAAUCAGAAAGAAAUCCCAAAAAAAUGCAGCGAUGCAUUUGUGCUCGCUUCUCAACUGACGGGCAUUUCGCAGACUGCGGCGCUGGUCUUUGCUCUGAUAUUCGGCUUUUGCGCCGGAAGACUUCGGUCGCCAAACAUACCGCUUGGUGUCGCCGCACUCUCAGGGUGCUUGGGCUAUUUCCUUUUCGUCAACAAUACAUGCAGUGCAAUGAUGUCUAGAGGCUUAGGUCCUUAUCUUAUUGGUAUAAUGCUGUUGCUUGGUUUUAGUCAGAUUGGCGCGAUAGUAUGUAGCCUUGGUCUUCUAGGACGAUGUGUACUAGAAAUUGAGCAUUUGGAUCAAGGACGAGUCAUGGACGCCUCGGAGGUCUCCGAGGAUACUGCUCCACUCAUCCCCAAAGCCAAUCUCAGGUCGCGUCGGCAAAUCAAAGGGAGUGUUGCGGGAAUCUAUAGCUUGGGAGGUGGACUAGGCAUUCUCAUUUUAACCAAAGUUGGGGGCCUGCUCUUCGAUAGAGUUUCGAUUGCAGCACCAUUUAUCAUCAUUGCGUCCUUCAAUGCAAUUUCAUUUGGAGCAAGUCUCCUGGAUGCACUUCUGUCUUGGAGAAUCACAGCGAACAGAUAA